GCCCACGUGUGGGCCCGAGACGUGCGUACGCUGCCUGUGCGUGUCCUCCAGCCAAGUCCCCAGUGUGUGGAUCUCGGCGCGCCCCCGCCCUCUCGGCCAUGGGGGUCCCGAAGAGGAAGGCCCCAGGCGGCCAGGACGGCGCGACUCCCCGCGCGGGCGCGGCCAAGCGGGCCCGCACCGAAGAGCUUACUGGCGUGCGCUUCAAGGCUCAGCUGAGGGACCCGCAGGGCGCGGGGGCAGCCUUGGAAGCAUUCGUUUCUGCUGCCAAGAAGCUACCACGAGAAGACGUGUAUGACGUCGUGGAGGGGUACAUAAAGAUUUCUGUUGAGUGUGCGGAGAUCUUCCAGCUCCUGAGUGGGGACAAGUGCCCUGAAAGUGAAAUGCUUUCAAUAUUUCAAGUUUUCGAGGCCAUAUUGUUGCGGACAGCCGGUGAUCUUUCCCAUUUUCAUGUUGUGGGAACCAACAUUGUGAAAAAGCUAAUGAACAAUCACAUGAAGCUCAUCUGUGAGUCCCUGUAUGCCUCGGGUUACAAGAUGGCCCGAGCCUGCCUGAACCUGAUGGCUGCCAUGGUGACCCAGGGUCCGGAGGCUGCCAGAGACGUCUGCAGCCAUUUUGAUUUGAAUAAAAAGACCUUGUACACCCUGGUGACCAAGAGGGAUUCAAAGGGAGUGCCUGACGUCCGGCUGGCCUACAUUCAGUUUGCCCUUUCCUUUUUGAUCGCCGGCGAUGACAGCACAAUUGGGCAAGUGCUGGAGUUGAAAGAAUUUAUUCCUUGCAUUUUCAGUUCAGGCAUAAAGGAGGACAGGAUUUCUACCAUCAAUAUUAUGUUAUCCACACUGAAAACAAAGGUAGUUCACAAUAAAAACAUCACAAAAACCCAGAAGGUGCGUUUCUUUUCCGGGCAAGUGCUGAACCACAUAGCAUCUCUCUACAACUGGAACGGGAUUGUCGACGUGAGCCUGGAAAAUAUCGAGACUUCUGCUGAAGACGCAGGGAAAGCCAUGGUGCGGGAGCUCGUGCAUAACUUCCUGACAGACCUCUGCUGUUCACUCAAGCACGGGAUUAACUUCUAUGACGCAUCUCUUGGUACCUUUGGCAGAGGAGGGAACCUGACCCUCCUGCACUUCCUGUUGGGUUUGAAAACCGCCGCAGAUGACGAGCUGGUGGCUGAGCUGGUGGUCAGCAUCCUGAAGGUGUGCCCUGACCUCCUGAACAAGUAUUUCAAGGAAGUGACGUUUUCCUUUCUCCCAAGAGUGAAGUCUACUUGGUUAAAUAAUAUCAAACUGCUAAACAAGAUCUACGAUGCCCAGCCGGACAUUUCCCGGGCAUUUCAGACCAAAGAGUUCAUCCCCUUGCCUCGGCUUUUGACGAUGGUGAUGGUGACCACCGCGCCCGUCGUGUGCAAUAAGAUCAUGUUCACCCAGGCAUUGAACUUGGACAGCAAGGCGGUGAAACACACAGCUUUAUCCCUCAUUUCCGUCAUUUUGAAGAGAGCACUGAAAACUGUUGACCACUGUUUGAAUAAAGAGGCCUGGGAGUCGGGAGUGUACACAGCUGCAAUGAUGGAGGACUUCGUGCAGCUCUUCAGAGAAGCCCUGAGCAAGAUUUUACCAGACCUGAACACCAUUGUCUGGGUCUGGCAGUCAUUCAGAAAGCAGGAAACGAAACAGGACGACGAGAAGGGAAAGAAAAGGGACAGCGGGACCCCCGCCACCUGCAUAGCUCCCCAGAGCGAUGAUGCCGAAACUAUCCUUCUGAAAGCUGUCCUGCUCCAGGUCAUCUGCCUCUACCAGAAGGUGGUCCCGCACGUGGUCAUGCAGUAUAACUUUGACUUCAGCAAGCUCCUGAAAGGGGUCAUCUCAGAGGAGGGCCUUCGAGAGGAGGUGCCUCCAAUCCUGCAGCACCACAUUCUGAAGGUGGCCCUGGAACUUCCCGCCAGCAAGUUUCUGUGGCUAAAGGCACAGGAAGGCCCAGAUGCAGAAAUUAUUGGCGGAAAACGAUCCGUGUUUUACUUACUGAUGAAAAUGUUUGUGACCAGUAGCAAUUCACAACUCAAGUCAUCGACCAAACUCCUGAUCGUGAAGAUCCUGCGGGACACGGGGGUGUUUGAACACACCUGGAAGGAGCUGGAGCUGUGGCUGGAGCACUUAGAUGACACCGCAGAGGAGAGAAAAGAGGCCGUGAUUCAGUUUUUGGAACGUGUUCUCCUGACGCUGGUGGCGAAUCCCUAUUCAUACACAGACAAGGCUUCCGACUUUGUGCAGGAAGCCAGCACCCUGCAGGCCACCAUGACGAAGCAGGACGCCGAUGACGUCAGCAUUCCCGUCUCCCACAUUGACGAUGUUCUCGACAUGGUGGACGUCCUGGUGGAGGGCAGCGAAGGCUUGGACGAGGAAAUUGGAUUCUCACUGAGUGAAGACAUGAUCCUGCUCACGUUCCCGUUCAGUGCUGUGGUCCCUGCAGCCCUGGAGGCCAGGAAUAAGUUGCUCAUGGGGACAGAAAAUGAAGCAGGAGACAGCAUCGUGGCGUAUCUGACGGGGGUGCUGACAGACCUCCUCCACACCCAGAGAGACCCCCUGGCUCUGUGUCUUCUGCUUCAGUCUUACGACAGAUUGGAGCCUCCAGUCCCACCUUGCUGCCGCCAGCUGUCCUGGUUCAGCAGAUAUUACAGCAGCUGGAUCCCAGAGCCGGCCCGAGAGGCGUUGCCGCUGCAGAUGUCUGGCAGCCCUGCCCCGCCAGGCCCCCCGGACCCCUCCUUUGCCGCCCUGCUGCAGGCGGCCUACAUGGGUGAGGAAUCGGGCCCGCUCCAGCUCCUGGACGAGGCGGUUCAGGCACAGCUGCAGGCCGCCCUCCUGCGCCUCCCGAUGCACCAGGCCCUGCGCUUGGCCAAACACCUGCUGCUCUACGUCAGGAGCACCGUGGAGAACUUUGGCCAGCUGGGCAAAAGCACAGGGCCUCCCCUGCUGCAGUUCCUCCUGGAUCUCCUCAGGCGCCUGGUUGUCCACUGUGAGCAGCUGGACGCCCAGAACCAGCAGAAGUGCCAGGCGGCCCAGGCCGAGUCCGACCUCUUUUUGGACAUGGAGUCCAUGGCCUUGCUGGAGUUGGCCAAUGACAAGACUCUGGAGGAGGUGCUCGGGGCCAUCCUCAGACAUCCCACACUGGAGGGCUGGUACCUGGCCCUGGAGCGGCAGGCCCUCCCUCCGCACACCCUCAGCCCCAUCCUCGUGAAGCUCCUGGCAGCCCAUCUCAGCAGAGGAGUCCUUCAGUUGCUGGUGGCCAGUGCCCCAAUCCUCCAGAGCAUCGGUCAGCUGGGCCUCCUGGCCAGGUACUCGGAAGCCAUCACCCAGAGCGUCCUCAGAGAGCUGCGAAACCGGAGGGCGGGCUCAGCCUCAAUGACGCCAAAGACCCUUCCUCAGCUUGAAGCCCUGCAGGGGCUGCAUCCGUACAUGGAGGGUGCCCAGCUCCGGGAGGUCACCCUGGCCCUGCUGAGCCUGCCGGUGGCCCACCUGGUGGCCCAGCGACCUGCCAAGUCCCCCAAGAAGGAGAGACAGCUGAGCGCUCUUGGGAGGGCGCUGGUCCAGCUGUUGACCAGCAGCCCCCGGGAUCAGCUGCAGAGCAGCGAGCUCCUCUGGGCCUCUGAGUACGUGAGGGGCCUGGGGGCCCUGCUUCCCACGCUGGCCGUGGACGAGCUGGACGCUGUGCUCCUCCACGCACUGCAGAGAGAGCCCUUGCUGGCCUCUGUGGUUGGAGUCGACCUGCUGGACUACUGCCUGGCCCGGCGGACGCAGGCAGCCCUGGGCACAGCGGCCCUGCUCCUGCAGUGGAGCUGCACCCACCUGCUGCGGUUUGAGCGCUGGUGCGGGCAGCCCGGUGUGGGGCGCUGCCUGCGGGAGGCCCCGGAUGACCUCCUCCCCAUCAUCAGCGUGUACCUCCAGUGCCGGGCUCAGGGACCCUUCACGCGCCCCGUAGGAGUGUCCUCUGCUGUCAUUCCUGUCUUGAGGAAGGCCCUGUGGCGGCAGCUGCAGACCAGGCUGCUGAGUGCUGAUGGGCCCCCCGAGUCUGGGCUGCAUCAGGAGAUCCUGGCCCAGCUGGUCCCAUUUGCAAGAGCCAAGGACCUCCGUGUUCUCAUGGACCAUUUGCCCAGCUUGCUUCGGGCUCCAGUCAGUCACAAGAGUUGGAUGGUGGCCGACUCCAUCUCAGCCGUCCUGGAGGAGUCGGCAGAAGAGCUGUGUGCCUGGAAAAAGACUCUGCUGGAGGCCUGUGUGCAGUGGCUGGUCGAGGCCUUCGGUGGCGGCCAGCAAGACGACAGCACCCAGGACCAAGAGAAGCAGAUGCUGCUGAGAUUAAACGAGCUCUUGAAUUCACUUAAUGAAGUUGAUCCUGGGGCUUGGCAGAAAUUUGUGAAGACCGGACUCAAAUACCGGUAUCAGGACCAUGCAUUUUUAAAGGCCCUCUGUGCUGCCAUAGAGAUCCUGUACCUUCCAGAAAACUCCAUGCACUCAAAGCUCACCCAGCUCCCGGUGGUCCACACGAUGCUCACCCAGCACUCGCUGUUCCUGCCGACCCUGCUGGAGUCCGGUGAAGAGGGAAACCCAGACAGCCACGUGAAAGAAGCCCUGGUGGACCUGAUGUCGGUGGUGGUGAGGAUGUGCCCUUCUGUUUGCAAGAGCAGCCACUUUGCAGUGCUCCUCGGGGCCUACGGCGCCACGCUCAGCAUCCUGGACCAGAAGAUUUUACUUCUCCUCCGGGCGUAUGAGCAGAACAACCUCAGCCUCAUUGACUUCAGGGUGCUGCUCUGGGGCCCAGCCGCUGUGGAGCAUCACAAGACAUGCCGGAGCCUAGGCAAGUCGCUGUGGCAGCAGCCGAGCGUUGGGGACAUCCUCCGCCUGCUGGACCGGGACCGCGUGAUGAAGACUAUCCUGCACUUCCCCCAGACCCGGAGGCUGCUGCCCCGCGAGGAUGCACAGGAACUGAUAUUUAAAGACAAGAGCACAGCCGAUCUCGACGGCCUUUAUGACCCCUGCUUUCUCCUUCAUCUCUUCAGUGAAUUGACCCGGCCAGAAUUUGUGGUGGAUUGUCGAAAAUUUGUGGAUUCCAAUGCUCUGGGCCUCACCGUCAUGGCCCUCAGCAGCUAUGACCCCCAGAUGCGAGCCGCGGCCUACUCCAUCCUGGCGGCCUACUACUCGCAGCUGGAGGGGGCGCGGUUCCGGGAGCAGUCCCAGGUACUGUAUCUCUUGGAUGUUGUCCGGAAUGGGAUCCGAACUCAGAACAUGAGACUCACCUUUGUCCUGACUCUCUUCAUUGCCAAAGCAGCCCUGCAGAUUUUGAAACCAGAGGAGCACAUGUACCUGAAGGUCAACAAGUUCCUGCUGUCCCACGAGUACCUGAACAUGAGCAAAGUCCCAGGCUUCUACCAGUUCUUCUACAGCUCCGACUUUGAGCAAAAAGCGGAACAGGAGUGGGUGUUCGGGAUUCUGCGCCAGGGGCUGCGGGACAAGCACUGCUACGAGCUCUGCGCGCGGCGGGGCGUCCUGCACGUCCUGCUGGCCUUCUUCCACAGCCCGCUGUGCGGCGGCCAGGCCCAGAAUUGGAUUUUGGAAAUUCUGCAGAAUGCUGCCCGGGACGCCAAAUCUGCCUACGAGAUCCUGCGGGACUACAGCCUCUUGACAUGGAUCUUACACAUCCUCGAGAGCAAGUUUCUGGAGACUCCACUGCUGUCCAACGUCAUCUCCCUGCUGCACACGCUGUGGGUGACCAACCUGGGGGACAGAGGAAUGGAGGUGGGGGAGCAGCCUCCUCGCAGCCUUGGGUCCCAGGAGCCCCCAAAGCUGCUCGCCCUGCACUUGGUCAACGAGUUCCUCUACGUUCUCCUCGUGCUCAUGAAGCACCUGAGGCCCACCUUGGCCUCUGCCCAGCUGACUGGCUUCUUUGAGACACUCGACUCCGUGCUGAGGUACCGGGCCACCGUCCUGCAGGCCUUCAAGGACCUGAACCGCUUCACUGUGAAUGAGGCCGUGCUGUCCACCAGGGAUGUCCUCGUCCUCCUGCACAAGUGGAGCCUCAUUGAGAGGGACGUCCGGCUCCAGGAGGACCUGAGAGCAGCUGCGGAGAAACACCAAGUCAGGGAGCUGCUAAAAAUGCUCAAAGAUAAGAACAGGCCUGUCAUGCCAGCCAGAGCCAAAGGCCUUCGGGGCCGGAAGAGGAGGCCUGGGGAGGCAGAGGAGAUGGCCGACCCUGAGCUGCAGGCGUCCACUCUGGAGAUGUGCAAGGGCCUCCUGAGAUCCAUAUUGACCCACUGGGGGCCGGUGUUCCCCGGGCCGGAGCCCGCUCAGGAACCCACGGACCAGGCCACCCCCAAGAGCGAGGCCCCAGGCCCCGUACACACUGUCACCUCCCUGGUGGCCAGCUGGGCGCUGCGCUCGGUGGCCGAGAGCCCACUCAGCGGGGCAGGGGCUGCCGGCCUCCUGGGCUGGCUGAAGAGCCACGUUGUGCCACAGCCGCUGGUCGUGGCCGACCUUCUUCAGGACGACGCCGUGAGGAGCAGCUUAUUUCGCCUGUACGGCCGGCCCUGCGACGCCGAGGGGCUGGCGGGGCCCGAGCAGGCCGUGGCCUGCCUGCUCAACACGGUCAUGCUGCGGCUGCUGGAGGCCCGGGGUCCCGCGGGGAGCGCCGUCCCGCCGGCGGUCGAGGCCCUCCACCUCUCCUCUCUGAGUGCGGAGGACGGAGCCACGCAGGCCACUGCCACGUUCCUGGUGUCUCUGUACAUUAAGGAUGUCUGGCUGGGGGCCCAGCGGCCAGACACCCUCUUGACCCACAUCCAGAUGGUCCUCGAUGCCACAGAGGACGCGCAGGCUGGUGACGAGGAGGCUGUCGUCAGGCUCUGCAAGGACAUGCCAGCCAGGUGCCCCUCUGUGGACGCCCAGCCGGCCGGUGCCUCCAGCUCCGGCUUCUGGGACUCGGGUUGAGCCGAAGGUUUCCGUGGAAGGCCUGCGAGAUGACCGUGUUGUAUACUGACUCGGUGUCCUGACAGGAAGUUGACUUUACUUAAUUGACAAAUAACAAGCUCAGGGGACUGUGUGUGCGAAGUGAUCAGAGUCACAGGGGGCUUGGGGCCUUCGGGCCACGAGCAGGGAAGACCCUUCUUAGGGGUUCAUUGUUCCUCAAAGAAAUACCUCAAAUUGAGGUAGCACUUCUGAACACUUAAGGGAUUCGUGGAUGUUAGCUGAAAUGUCCAAAAAUAAAUCAAACUCAAGAGCAUGAAGAGAGAUGUUGAAGUUUCCUUUCUGUAGGAAAUCAUGACAACUUGUGUGGCUUUUUGAAUAAAUAAUCCCUGCCAGUGUUGUGUUGAUUGUUUUAUUAAGUAAAAGGACGUCACAGUAAAUCCUUAAAGUAUCAAAUUGACUUGACUUCUGCUUUGGGAAGAUAACCUGUAUUUUUUUAAAUUGUGUUUCAAAGAAGGGAUUGUACUUUUUAUAACUUGUUAAUAAAUGUCUGUUUUUGUUA